UUUCCUGCUGCCAUCGAUCGAAACCCAGAGCUGCGUCCUGCGGGGUGGGGACGAAGAAGAUAAAAAAGAAGCAUCAAACCAGAUUCACAUGUUUGCGUCCAAACAGGCGGCUAUUUCUUCUUUCUGAGGGAUUUUUAAUUCUUUUUAAAAAAAAUUAUUAUUUCAUGAAGGCAUAAGACCCACUUCCAGCAGCACGGCCACGGUCUCGUGUCUGUGAACGCCCCGGACGACCAUUUGUGAUUUGUUUUUUUUUUUUUUCUCGAGAUGAUGUGUGAAUGAAUGUCAAUCGGUCAAGGUCCGUGCUCCUGAUGCAACAGCCACGGCGGCAUUUUCUAGCUUCAGGUGGGAAACGCAUGACACAAGCGUUUGGAUUAAUUUCUAAUUUACAUUUAUUUAUUUUUAAUUGAAUAUUGUCCGGUGAGAGGAUCGAGAUUGUCGGUGUGUUUUUUUUUGAGCAGCGUGGGGAUGACACGCUGCUGCAGUGAAGACGGGACACUGGAAACAAUAAUAAUAAUGGAUUAGGAAAUCACAACGAUGUGACUGCGACGCCGUACACGAGAAGGACAUCGUCAUUCUUUUUAAUAUCACCGAAGUGAGUCGCGUGGUCACGUUGACCGAACAGUGUUCGUGAGACCCAUCCUCUCGUAGUCGGAGACGCUUCCCCGGUACAGCAGCUGACGGAGACCCCGGAGAAGGACUCGCCAUGUCGGCGGUGAUGAUCACGCGAAAGGUGCGAAAAUGGGAGAAGCUUCCUGGGAAAAACACGUUCUGCUGCGACGGCCGGGUGAUGAUGGCCCGGCAGAAGGGAGUCUUCUACCUGACCCUGUUCCUCAUCGUCGGGACCUGCUCUCUCUUCUUCGCUUUCGAAUGUCCGUACCUGGCGGUCCAUCUGUCUCCUGCCAUCCCAGUUUUUGCUGCCCUGCUCUUCCUCUUCGUCAUUGCCAUGUUGUUGAGGACCAGCUUCAGUGACCCCGGGGUGCUGCCACGGGCUCUUCCAGAGGAAGCCACAUUCAUUGAGAUGGAAAUUGAGGCUGCCAAUGGGAACGUCCCCGCAGGGCAGCGACCCCCACCUCGAAUCCGCAACGUUCAGAUCAACAACCAGAUCGUCAAGCUCAAGUACUGCUACACCUGCAAGAUCUUCCGACCACCUCGAGCGUCUCACUGCAGCAUCUGUGACAACUGCGUCGACCGUUUUGAUCACCACUGUCCGUGGGUGGGGAACUGUGUGGGCAAGAGGAACUACCGAUACUUCUACAUGUUCACCCUGUCGCUCUCCCUACUCACCAUUUAUAUCUUCACCUUCGACAUCGUCCAUGUGGUGAUGCGUUCAGUGGAUAAUGGCUUUUUGAACACUUUGAAGGAAACCCCUGGAACUGUGCUGGAGGUUUUGGUGUGUUUCUUCACCCUGUGGUCGGUAGUGGGACUGACCGGCUUCCACACCUACCUGAUCUCCCUCAACCAGACCACCAAUGAGGACAUUAAAGGAUCCUGGUCGGGAAAGAACAGAGUCCAGAACCCGUACAGCCACAAGAACAUCUUCAAGAACUGCUGCGAGGUGCUCUGUGGGCCGGCGUUCCCCAGCGUCUUGGACAGAAGAGGACUGAUGCAAGAGGAUUCGCCUGCUUCUUCUACAUCUGCUGCACCCUCCUCUUCCAGCAGCAGCAACCCAAUGUCACAAACCAUGAAAACCACAGCUCCACUCAUCCCCAACGAGCACACACCUGACGAUGCCAAGCCGAGCAUCGCCGCUUCGGCAGAGAAGAGCGACUCCCCCAAAGAGGAAGACCCUCCUACUCCACAGGUCCCGCCCCUGGCUUCACCCGAGACUGAGGCAGACGCAUCCCUCGCCAAGGACAAGGCCCAGUAGCUGCAUGAGGGGGUGGCUUUCGCCGUAGCCACUCCCCAAGUAUGCUAAAACUAAACUAAACUAAAACAUUAAUAAUCAGUGUUUGAUUACUGCGUAGGUGACUCAGUUAUUAUCUGGCACCCACCUUACAUUCAACCAGAAGAGCAGAGCUUCUGCGGCAGCUCCUCCCAUUCCUUCCUCUCCUCUCCAGUAGCUGCAGAGCUGUUUGAUUGACACUUACUCCUGCAGGAGGAGGAGGGAUUUAAUGGAAAGUCAGCAGCUUCCUCUCUGUCUCCUGAACACUGCAUGGCAAAGACACGCAGGGGGAGAAGCUGCUGGAAGAACUGCAGAGAAAAGAAACUCUCCAAGCGUAUGACAUCCCCACAGGUCAGCCGUGGGUCGCUCUGAUAAAACUGAUUUAAAAUUGCAUAAUUUAUUGUAAGAGGCCAGUUCAAAUAUAUUCCUUGCAAGCGUCUGGAAAAGACAAUAUUACUUCUGGACAUAUAUACACCUUCAUACGUACAGUUACUUUUCUGUUGUGUGCACAUUACAUGCCCUAUGCAAACCAUGAGAAGUCUGGACAAGCAGCUUUUUGAUGUGUGGACAGAAGGGAUAACAUCUGAGUCUUUGAGUUCACAUGAUGUCCAUGCAGGGUGACGACAUGCAUAUCCUUAGCUGAGAUAUCCUAAAGGCUCCUUGCAGGCAAGUCAAAAUCUACCUUGUAUUCUGAUAUUGCUGUAUUCAGUACUGUUACUUAUGUGCAUCUAUUUUUAAAGUGAUCCGAACCAACGCCUGUCCUUCCAUUUUUCUAUAACAAGGCUGUAUUAUGAGGUCAGUGCUCUGAAACAGAUGAAAUUGCUUGAUGUGCAGUUAAAGCCUUGUAUCCAGGAGACGCUCAGCCAGAGAUCCAGUGAGUGAGAGAAGAGGCCUGACUUGUCAUGGAAGUAGACACUGGUAGUAACUGUGCCUUAUCACAACAGUUGCACCAUCAAAGGCAACUGAGGUCGACCAUCAGAGAAGCCCUUGAGGUCCGUUCUAAUCACUGGUACGGUCUUAAAUGAGAAAUGCCAACAUUUAUACACCAAGUAGUCCAGCGUUUCCCAACCUGGGAGUUGCAAGAUGAAUCUUAGGGGUCACAAGAUGAUUUAAGGAAUACUAGUUUAUUUUCUUUCUUCCAGAGAAUUGGAUGAGAAGAUCAAUACCUUUAGUAAAUAUGAAGCUACAGCUAGCCAAUGGUUAGCUUAGCAUAAAGACUGGAAACGGCACCUCUAAAGCCCACAAAUUCGAUUGUCUCAACUUUUUUUGUACAGAUUGAACAUCAGAAUUAGUGAGCUUUAGAGUUGCUGGUAGAAGUAUGUUUUAACUUUUGACAGAUCCGGGCUAGCUUCCCCUUCCUGUUUCCAGUCUUUAUGCUAAGCUAACCAGCGGCUCGCUGUAGCCUCAUAUUUAGCGUACAGAGGGCACACAAGAAUCAUAUCGAUCUACUCAUCUAAAUCCAAUAAAUCAGGUGUUCCUUUUACCAGGAUAGUCAUAAUACAGAUGCACAUACUACUACGCAAUUGUGUGUUCUUUCUUAUGAAAUACUGUGAAUGUUUCUCCUUAAGAAACUACAAUCACUGGUUGAACUGGUCACAGUAUGACAUAGCUUGGUUUCAAGGGGCUCACAGGUCUGAAAGGUUGGGAACCACUGAAUUAAACCUUGUGAAGCAAAAACUAAGCAAAGCCAUUGUUGAAUUGUACAUAGUUUUCGAAGGCAAAGAUUUACUGAAAAUAGUGUUGCAGUGGGGCUGGUGUUCAUUAUGCUGCCUGUGAGCUUGAGCACUUCCUCCUGCGAAUCACACCAGAGCUGAUCUUCCUCCGAGUCCUCCUUCUUCUUGCCAUCUUCUGCCUCCUCCCUUGAUACAAACAUAUUUUACUCUUCUCCUAUUUCUUGCAUCUUUGCAGUUUGUGGCAGGCUCGUUAUCUAGAAUAAAGCCAAGCCAGAGAGAUCUUUUCUUUUCACUCAUCGGUGUAUUUCAGCAUUCAAUGUGGCUGGAGACUUUAUUUAGUUUUGGUCACAGAUCGCUCGAGGGAGCAGCGUCCACGGAAAGGAAGGAUGGAGGGAGAGAGAAAGAGAAGCUAAUUCUUAGUAUUUAAAUGAUGUUAGCUGAUAGUGAGGGUUUGUAACCGUGAUUGUGUUGUAUGCAAGACAGUGUUUGUGAAAUAUACUUGUGUAUAAGUCAACAGCUUUGUAUCAGACUCUGACCGAGAUUAUUUAUUAUGAAGAUGCAAUUAAAGUCGAGACGCAUUUUCUCCUAUGGGGUUAAAGAUUGGGAAAUGCAAUUAAGGAUCCUGAGAUUGUUGGCAGCUGCUUGAUUAUUUUUAUUGUACCAUAAUAUUGGAGCAGUUUAAACCUUAAAGAGAUUCAACACUUUGAAAGAUGAAUCUAGGCCAGUUUUAUUAAUUAUUGGUUCACCUGUGGAUGGUUUUCUUGAUUGUUUGGUCUCUAUGAUGUCAGAAAAUAUUUAACAUUUAACAUAUUGAAUUUUAUAGAAGUUAGUCAUUUUAUUCCAAAACCCCCAAAUAUUUAAUUCAUUAUCAGAAAAUAUUUACAUUCGAAAAGCUGGAACUGGCACAUUUUGGGCAUUUCUGUCGGCCGACCAAUUGACUAAUAGUUUCAGCUCGAGAUUUAUCUCUACACUUGAAUGAAAACAGGAGAGAUAACUGACCCAUCUCUGUUGGAAGAAGCUUUAAGUGUGUGGUAGUAUUGUUUCCGUGAAAAAAAAAAGGUAUAAUUGAGUAUUUGUUUGGAAAACA